AUGCCCCCUCCUAGAGCAUGGAUGUUGCUUUUCAUGACUGUCAAGGCCAUGGCGUUUCUUUCAAGGAUUGGUUCUGGCAUAAAUGUUGUCCCUACAUUCGUGACACAGAGUUUUGACGAGGUGGUUGACAGUUUGCAUCUCCUCAGAAACAAAGCCGGCCAGCACUUAGAAGAAAUCUGGGCAGCACAGACAUCAAAUGUGACUAACCUGAGCAGCAGCCUGCUUGUUGCAGGCAGCGAUAGAUGGACUAAACCACCUCUGGGCAAGUUGAGGAGCAAUGUGGAUGGAGCAGUUGAUAGUGGUCAGAAAAAUAUCAGUGUUGGGGUAGUGAUCAGAGAUGAAAAUGGUGACUUUAUUGCUGCUACGACAAGAAAGAAAGCUGGAUUUUAUGAUGUUCUUACUACAGAAGCUGAUGCUGCUUUGUGGAUUGUUAAUGAGUUUGAGUUUUCAGAGUUAAGGCACAAGAGAGCAAUUAAUGGAGGCUGA